GCCGGCGAAUUUGUGUGUCCCAGGGCCCCUUCAGUGAGGGCGGAGCGCGAGAAUGAUCGCGUCUCGGCUCAGCGAGGCAGCGCGAACGUCGGGGGCGCCCACCUCUCAAGGAGCAGCUGGCUUCCGGGCUCAUCUCCCAAUGGCCCGGGGGAGGGGCCCUGCGGUCUCACAGACGCGGAGCUGCUGGCGUGGUUCGACGGCCACGCGUGCAGCCUGGUGCGCUGCGAGGUUCUGCCGCCGGGGCCGUCGGCAGAAGGAGGCGCAGCGGGCGACGGGCGGCUCCUGGAGCUGAGCCUGGAGAACGAGGCGCCCGCCGCGGAGGCCGCCUUCGCGCGCGGCUUCCCCGGGGCGUCCGUGCGGCGCGCCACCCGAGACGACCGCCCCGUGGCGGAGGCGAGGGCCGUGGAGGUGGUCCUCGCGCACACCUUCGCCCGGGGCAGCGGCUCGGACCUCGAGGUGCCGGUCACCUACUGCGGCACCCGCGGCGGGGGCACCGGUGCGCGGGUGUGGCCCGGCGGCGUGCUGCUGGCCGAGUGGCUCGCGGCGGGGGGGCUGGAGCUGCGGGGGCGCAGCGUGCUGGACACUCCGAGGGGGC